CACAUCUCAAACCACCACCUAAUGUCAUUAUUAUCUGUUUACAGAUGGAAAUGCUGAACUAUAAAAUAUUGCCAACAGAUAUCAUUCGACCCGUGGUUGACCAGAGAUCUACAUGAUCUACAACACAUAGCGCAAGACUAAAUCGACCGGUUGAAGUUCCGACUUGCCACCAACGCAACCCACUCAGCGUCAACUUAACUGCUUCCCUGCAUCAGCCUGAAAUUCUUUUUUCUAUCUAUCACGAACUCGACCAACCAUGGUGGCAAGUCGAUACCUGUUGAUUGGCUGUCUCCUUAUCCUAGCUAUUGCCAGUUUCACUUGGCUUUCGCCUCUCUCAUCAUCACCGCCAGCUUCCGCUACGGUAGUCACUCACAUUGUGCUGUUUCAGUUCCAGAAAACUGCCAGUGCAGAGAGUAUCAAAGAUGUUCUUACCCGUCUCGCCGCUCUGAAAGACCAAUGUAUCCAUCCGUCAACGCAGAAGCCGUAUAUUCUGUCCUUGAAAGGCGGCACCGAUAACUCCCCGGAAAGAUUACAGGGAGGUAUGACUCAUGCAUUUAUUAUGGAGUUUGCAAACACCGAGGAUCGAGACUAUUAUGUUCAGAAGGAUCCUAUUCAUCUGGGCUUUAUAAAAGUUGCGGGGGAAGUCCUUGAAAAAACUCAAAUUGUGGAUUUUAUAGAUGGUGUAUUUGUAUAGCGGGUUAUAGCGCAUUAGAGCGAGGGGCAAGCUGGGCCGUCUAUUCUUGCCUGUAUACAGGUAGAGGGGCUAUUGGGACUUUGACAGUGAAAUCUGUAUUCCCUCUUCAGAAUACCGAAUGCUAGUCGAUUAGAGUUGUCAUCUAGAACUUUGUGAGUAUCAUCGACGUCACUCUUCGGGUACCAAGAAUGUCUAGGUCACGCAACAAGGACCGGAAAGAAUAUAUAUCUCCAAGCCCAGGAAUAAAAGAAACCAUCAUUAACGUAACAAAGAACUUAGGAACAGUAUAAAAAAAAAGCUUCAAAUCCGCGGAAUAAAUCACUCGGCGGCGAUAGAAGCUAUCUCAAAAGGGUCAAGAUACCUUUUUUCUGGAUCAACACAAUAUCUCUUUGUCGAUUGUUGACCGCUGGAGUUCUUUGCGAAU